CACGCUCAAUAAAGAGAAUGUUUGUCAAACUGAGUUUGAUUAAUUAUUUGAAAAGUAGUAGGAAGAAGUGAAUUUACAUAAUCCCACCUCUAAAAAAGACCUUUGAGGACCAGGGAACAAACCCACAUCUCUGCUUGAAGGGCGUCUCUUUUUGUUUAUGGUUUUUAUGUUAAACAUUAAGAGACUUGAGUCUUUUUCUUUGUGUUUUCCAAGACAGAAACGGCAACCUGGAUGUUACAGAAAGCUUGGGUUACUGUGUUUCUGAACAUGAGCACACAGAUUCUGGAUUAGAAGAGAAUGUCUGUUGAACACCUAACCUUGGGCAAACAUGAUUUAGCAAAAGCCAAAGCCGUUCAGCCACACGUCAAGCUUAAGGCUGGGAUCAUCUUGUGACAUUUUUGGGAACUAACUGCAUCAGGAAGAUGAGGUGGCAUUCAAGAAAGAAGAAUGUGUUUCUGGCCAUGCUGUUUGUCCUCGUCGGCCUGUACUUUAUUAAUCUCAUCACUGACUUGAAGAAAUCACUUGAGGUGACUCCUAAAGAUCUGAACUGGAAGGCACAGAGGCUGGUUAGCGGGGAUUCCUGGGUCGAACACAGGGAUUACCUGUCUCUCAACGUGAGCUAUCAGCUGCUGGCUGGAGCGCCUGCGACCAAACAGAAGUUUCUUGCUAUUGGAAUAUCGUCUGUUAAAAGGGAAAAAGGCAGCUACCUCAUCCCCACACUGCAGUCCAUCUUCUCCCAGUCGUCCCAUGAAGAGCGCUCGUCUCUGGUGGUCGUGGUGCUCCUCGCAGAUUUUGACGACAGCUGGAGAAUGUCCACUGUCGGGGAAAUGAGAACAGCAUUUCCCUCUGAACUGGAGCAAGGCCACCUUGUGGUCAUCCAUGUUUCUGAGGAGUGGUACCCUCCUCUCACAGGUCUAAAGAGGAAUUUCAACGACGCUCCAGACCGAGUGACUUUCCGCUCCAAGCAGAACAUCGAUUACUCCUUCCUCAUCCACUACAGUGCAGGUUUUGGGCAGUACUACCUGCAGCUGGAAGAUGACAUCACCUCUGCAAAAAACUUUCUCACAAGCAUUAAGAAGCACAUCGAGGAGCAAAACCAGAAGUCCAGUUCGUGGGCGAUGUUGGAGUUCUCGGCUCUUGGAUACAUCGGGAAGCUGUACAAAUCCACUGACACCCCUCUGCUGGCUCGCUUCCUCUUUCUGUUUUACCAGGAAAUGCCCUGCGACUGGUUGAUGACCCAUUUUAGAGAAGUAAUGACCCAGAGGGAGACGAUACUGUUCAAACCUUCACUGUUCCAGCACAUGGGAACUUUUUCCUCCUUCCGGGGAACAUUCAACAAGCUGAAGGACAAAGACUUUGAGGGAUCCUCCUACUCUAACCCUGAAGCUGAAGUUUACACUGACCUGUCUGCCUACAAAAAUCACUUACCCCAAAAUGCCUGGGAACCUGGGGAACAAUUCUUCUGGGGCCGCUCCCCUGAGAUAGGGAACUACCUGACUGCAGUGUUUGUCAACCCUGCAGUGGUGACGGGGGUGUUCGUAGAAACAGGAUCGGGGGGUAAGGACCUCUUGGACUCGGGUCAGGUGGAACUAGGCUCUGAUGUGGUCACCACAGAGAAAGUGAAAACCUGUAAAAGCUUCCGCUCCUUAGGAGUUUUUAGGAACGGGAGGUUUGAGAUGCUGGAAGUGGACAAGAAGGUUAGCUCCGCCUCUUCCUGUCUGAGGAUAUUAAUCACAGCUGGUCAGAAAGACUGGAUCAUCAUUCAGAAAAUCAGGAUCACAACAGCACAGAGUACUUCAUCGCCCAAAUCAUAGGUUGAUAAAAGAAAGACAUUUUUGACCUGACAGACCCUCAGUAAGAGCUGUAAAGUUUUUGUGCCUCGGUGUGGACGUCAAGCUGAUGUUAGGAAAACAUUCACUGCUAACCGGAGGUUGGAUUUGUCUGCCUCCCAUUAAGCCUUAGUCGCAUGCACCCGUUCUGGGCUUGACCACUAUGUUUGCUGAGAGUUUUUAGGUUGUUCGGGUUUUCACCACGUUUAUUUUCUUUUGCUCUGCUACUUUGCUUCAAAAUGCUAAUUUGUUUCUUCAAUCAUCUCCAACAAACUUGAAAAUGAUCACUACCUCAGAGAUGUGUUUUGAAACUUUGUGGAAAAGCUGCUUUCACAGGGGUUUGUUAAUAAAGAGCGUUCAUUUGCAUUGAAGGUUGGAUAUUAUGUGUUUCUUGGUGUUUUAAUUUGAUUUGGGUUGCACUUGGUCUUCUUUGAAUAGAAAAUAUUCUAUAUUUUUAUUAGCACUUAAAAAAAACCUAAUAAAGCAUUUUUACUUUGA